AUGUUUAAAUAUAUGGUGUUCACCGCUCUCCUGGCUUUCGCCGCAGCCAAGCCCAAGCCACUAGUAGUGGAAUAUCCAUUAGCAGCAGCAUACGAUUACGUUUCUCCUGUUGCUGCAGCCUACACAGCGCCUGUGGCUUACACCAGCGCAUAUGACUACGCUCUCCCGUACUCCGCAUACACAUACGCAGCUCCGUAUACAUAUUACGUUCGCUGA